AUGAAUACCUCACUCGGCCUCGUCCCCUCGCGAUCCCUCCUCCACCUCGGCCUGCGCGUUUCAAGUCGCCGCGCCGUGAGCACCAGCUGCAGCAUCUCCGUGGCCGCCGCUGCCGCGUCCCGACUCCUCUCCGCAUGCACGACCCUCCGCAAACCCGUCUCCAGCAGGCCACACGCGCCAUGGCCGACGCUCCGCCAAUCCCAAUGGCCCUCCCCCGGCCUCGCCGCGACGUCUAGCCUCCCGGCACGGAGAUGGGCCUCCUCCUUCUCGCCGCCGUCCAAGCCCGAUGCCAAGAACGGACCCAAGGACGAGCCCAUCCUCCGCGACUACAUCGAUCUCCCGCUGGACUACAAGGACAAGAUCGGCCUGCGCUUCCGCGCCACCGAGCUCUCCCCCGCCGAGACCAAGGCCGUCUUCGGCCCCUCCAUCAAGGCCGCCGCCGCGAACCGCCUGCUGCGCAUCAUGCACGGCCGCCGCGUCGCCGGCACCCUCGACGACCCGGCCUUCGCCGUGAACACGGCCGCCUUCACGCCGCAGCAGCGCGACGCCGCCCUUGCGUACCUCCGCAAGACCCUCCCUGUCGACGAGGUCCUCAACGCCGGCCUGCGCGCCGAGGACGAGCUCGCCGCGCUUGAAGAGGAGCUGGCCGAGCGCGCCGACGAGGACCACCCCUCCCCCAAACCCGACGACGCCGAAACCGCCGCCCGCAUGGGAGGCUACGAGGCGGACCCGGUGUACGGCUACAGCGCCCUCGACGCGAUCCGCGCCAAGAACCAGGCUAGAGCCGCCGACGAGGCGGAGAAGCAGCGGCUCGCCGAGGAGGCCGAGCAGAGGGACAAGGGCAGGGGGCAUUUCUUAGCUACUAAAGUGGGGAUAUCGCGUACGCAGGUUCUAAAAAGUGACCCACACACUUCACUCUCAGCCCGCUUAGGAGGUAGCAACAUCCUGGUCGCGAUACGACAGCUAAUGGUUUUGACCGUAUGGCGCCUUCCUUGGAUCGCCCAAUACAGCCCUUGCAUAUCCGAACAUACAAGAAACCGCGCUGCGCGAACACGAGCCAACGCGCUCGUCUCGCUCGCCUGGCGCGUGCCGCCGCUGUGGCGCUUCCUGAACCGCUACUUCGUGCUGGUGCACGGCAUGCCGCGCGCCGUCACCAUGCUCACGGCCAACUUCUCCCACUCGUCGCUCGGCCACCUGGCCACCAACAUGGUCGGGCUGUGGUUCGUCGGCACCGCGCUGCACGACGAGGUCGGCCGCGCCAACUUCCUGGCCAUCUACCUCGCCUCCGGCGCCGUCGGCCUGCUCGGCAGCCUGACCGUCUUCACGCUGCGCGGCCUGCUGACCGUCUCCACCGUCGGCGCGUCGGGCGCCGUCUUCGGCGCCACGACGGCCUACUUCUGGAUGCACCGCUUCGACUCCUUCAAGGUGCUCGGCCUGCCGCCGGAUCCCAUGAACGGCCCGCAGGGCCUCGGCUUCAUCGCCAUGAUCCUCGGCUUCCACCUCUACGCCUUCUUCCGCCGCGGCCGCCAGACCAUCGACCUGACGUCCCACCUGUUCGGCAUGCUGGCCGGCCUGGUCGGCAUCGAGCUCGUGACGGGGAGGGAGGAGGUGCCGAGGGAGGACGGGAUGAAGGGGAAGAGGGAGGACCUCGUGAAGGACGCGCUCCCCCGCGAGGGCGGCGGCGACGACGACAAGGCGUGA